AGCUCCAAAUUUUCUUGCUUUUGUUUCGCGCUCCUUUAAAAAGGUACCAUCUUUCCCUUCGGAAUCCUUGUUUUUCCUCAAUCUCGACAUACCCUCUUCGUUGUUAGGUAGGUGCUAGGCCAUGGCUGCAAAGAGAGUUAUAGCAAUAUGUCAGUCAGGGGCGAGGAUAACAUUCUUCUCAAGUACUUUCUCCCUGGUAACAAAAGGACACUUAUCACCAUCUGUAAGGAGAAGGAUUUACAGCGGAUGAUUGAUUUUAUUGGUGAUUAUUGCAGUGUAGAUGUUUUCAUCAUGUCAGAGGAAGUUGCUGCUCGUAACAUGUCCAUCUUGCCCAUCAUGCCUACAAGCAGAUAUAAGAAAAAUGACAAUCUUUGUGUGACUGUCAAAUGCAAGGCUCAAGGUUGUCCAUGGCAGAUAUAUGCAUCAACAGUGGCAACUACUCAAUUAAUCCGUAUCAAGAAAAUGAACUCAAAACAUACAUGUAAAGGAGCUGCCGUGAAAGCUGGGUAUCAGUCAACAAGGGGUUGGGCAUGGAGGGCAAAAGAGAUUGCUAGGGAGCAGCUUCAGGGCUCCUUCAAAGAGGCGUAUGCUCCUGUACCAUUUUUCUGUGAGAAGAUAAAGGAGACAAAUCCUGGAAGUAUUUCCACAUUUACCACAAUGGAUGACUCAAGCUUCCUUCGUCUAUUUGUCUCAUUCCAUGCGUCAAUGUCUGGUUUCCAACGAGGUUACCGACCUCUCAUUUUCCUUGAAAGCACUCCUUUGAACUCUAAAUACCAAGGGAAUUUGUUGUCUGCAACUGUUGCAGAUGCUGAUGAUGAUAUUCAGAAUGGUUUAGAGAAGGCAUUGGCUAAGGUAUUUGAUAAAUGCUACCACAGCUAUUGUUUACACCAUCUAGCUGAGAAACUUAAUAGAGAGCUGCAUGAAGGUUUUCAGUAUGCAGUUGAUAACAUAAAAGGUAUUUCUUCUGAUGCUUACAACUUGGUCAUACAAAGCAAACCAGAGCACUGGGCAAAUGCAUUUUUUGGGGGAGCAAGGUAUAAUCACACAACCUCAAACUUUGGGCAACCAUUCUAUAGUUGGGUAUCAGAGGCAAGUGAGUUGCCUAUAACACAGAUGAUUGAUAAGGAUGCAGUAGCACACUUGCUUCAAGUGCUACUUACAGAAGGUAACAUAUUUGAAGUUUGGGAAGAAUCUGUUGAGGUUGUUGAUAUUGAUCUUUGGGACUGUAGCUGCAAGGGGUGGCAACUUACUGGUUUACCUUGCUGCCAUGCUAUUGCUGUCCUUGAAUGCACUGGCAGAAAUCCAAAUGAUUAUUUCUCUAAAUACCUCACAACAGAGAGUUACUGCCUAACAUAUGCUGAAUCAAUUCACCCUGUCCCAAAUGUAGACCUUCCAGACCAGGAUGAAUCAGCUCAUUUAACAGUAAUUGUGACUCCUCCACCAAGCAGCCACCUGGUCGGCCAAAGGUGAAGCCAACUGAAUCCAUAGAUAUGAUGAAGCGGCAGCUGCAAUGUAGCAAGUGCAAGGGCCUUGGCCAUAACAAGAAGACUUGCAAAGAAUCAUAGUGAAGAUGUUGAGACAGAGGGAUUGACAUUGAAGAUGAUCCAAUUUGUUUUGAAUUGUUAACACAUCUGACCACUGAAAAUGGUCAGAAAAGGUGCGGUCAGCGAGACCCCAUUCCUUUUCAUAAAGUAUGGAUCGUUUUUUGUUUCCUUUAGUCUACGGAACCAAAUUCAAAAGAAGACUAGUAAGGUCUAAUUUGUUUUAGAAGUUACUUCUUGUGCUGCUGCUCAUUGGGCAGUAACCAAUCUUCUCAUCCCUUGUAAAAUAGAAAAUGUAAAUCACU